CAGGCUGAGCAUUCUUAGCCGGGAACUAGUUCUCAGUCCUGCACUUGGGUCUGGGUAAACAGCACCGCCCCGAUGGUUGUUUGUUUUAAAUGUGGAACGAUCCAUCGCAGAGCGCCGGGCUCGAUUGACACUGUCUGCUGAUCUGCUACUGCGGAUUGCUCAGAAUAACAAGGCUGCUCGCUAAUUCCCGUCUAUCGGGGUUUUCGCCGAAACACCGAGAGAGUAGGGUCCAAAAAAAGCCAACAAGGCAGGCAAGAACGCCGCGCCGCCGGAAUCCGCACCCCAGAAUGGCUUCGGGAGACCUUUACGAGGUGGAGCGGAUUGUGGACAAGAGGCGGAACAAGAAGGGUAAGUGGGAGUACCUGAUUAGGUGGAAAGGUUAUGGAAGUAAGGAGGACACAUGGGAGCCAGAGCAUCACCUACUGCACUGCGAGGAAUUCAUUGACCAGUUCAACAGCUUGAGACUGCACUCACACAAACGGCCCAAAGCUCCAAAAAAUCGUGGAGACCCCCUCAUCACCAGGCACCCAUCUGCUACAGAAAACUCCAGAGCUAGGUCCGAGGCCCGCAAAAAGAAAAGGACUUGUGGCUCAACUGUGGGGGAUGGAGUAGGAGCUGUUCUGGGGAUUGCAAGCGGAGGGUCAGGACCCACUCAGAAGCAGAGGAGGGUGGGUGUAGGACCCGGGAAGCAUAUUUUAGGGGACAGAAUGAGCAAAGCCAUGACGUACAAGGCUCCUUCACCAGGGGGACCUCACUUUGUCCCUCCAGUAAGGGUUCCACAUAAUGGACUCCAGAAUGGAGAGAUGGAGCCUCUGGUGUACAGGACAGCACCAAAGUCACACAGACUGCCCUCAGACAAAGUGGAUGGAGAACAAAGAGACAUGGAUACCACUGGACAGCAGUACACCACUAAACUAGGCUCCCCUCUUGCCAAUGGAAAGAUGCAUCUGCACAGCUCAGUAAAGCGGAAGCUGGCUGAGGAGAAGGGCUACGUGUUCGACAAGCGGCUUAGGUACAACGUGCGACAGAACGAGAGCAACUGUCGUUUCCGAGACAUCGUGGUCAGGAAGGAGGAGGGCUUCACGCAUGUCCUGCUGUCCAGCCAAACGACAGACAACAACGCUCUGACACCAGAGAUCAUGAAGGAAGUAUGUCGAGCUCUGACUAAUGCAGCUGCUGAUGACAGUAAAUUAUUAUUGCUUAGCUCCGUGGGGACUGUUUUCUGCAGUGGCCUGGAGCCGUCCUACCUGAUAGGGCGUCUGUCCACUGACCGCAGAAAAGAAAGCAGCCGCAUCGCAGAUGCUGUUCGGGACUUUGUGUUGGCAUUCAUUCACUUCAAGAAACCCAUUGUGGUGGCAAUAAAUGGGCCUGCUCUGGGCUUAGGGGCCUCCAUCCUGCCACUGUGUGAUGUGGUGUGGGCCAGUGAGAGGGCCUGGUUCCAAACUCCAUGCGCAGCCCUCCAUCUCACCCCCUCUGGAUGCUCCUCUUACACCUUCCCCCAGAUCCUGGGCGUAGCUCUGGCCAACGAGAUGCUGUUCUGUGGAAGAAAACUCACAGCACAAGAAGCAUGCAGUCGAGGUCUGGUGUCACAGGUCUUCUGGCCAACCACAUUUAACCAAGAAGUGAUGCUGCGUGUGAAGGAAAUGGCGUCAUGCAAUGCGGUGGUUUUAGAAGAGUCCAAAUGCCUGGUUAGGAGUAUCCUCAUGUCAGUCCUGGAGGAAGUGAAUGAGAAAGAGUGUCAGAUGCUGAGGCAGCUGUGGUGUUCAACCAAAGGACUAGAGGCACUCUUCAGUUAUCUGCAGAACAAGGCGUAUGAGAAGUAACCAGCCACAGCCAGGAAACCAGAGAUGGUCAGUGUGGGUCUGACGCUACCUACAGAGGGACAUCCAGGAUGAUAAGGUUGUGAUCUCAAACUGAAGGAAAAGUUGCAUUAAAGGCCGUUGUUUCCAUCCAUCAGCAGAUGGGACACUCUGGAGUUCUGUUUGCUUAGAUUGCUACCAACAAAACAAAUUUCUUCAUGAUCCUCUUUUUAAAGCAACUUUUGUUAUUGGACCCACAACCGUCCAGAUGUUUCUCCUCUUGUUGAGUCAAAGAGCAAAGGGCCAAAUGCGCAUUGUUUAAACGCAGGGAGGUACAGAGUGUUUCUGCACCUAUGCGAGACUUAAUCAGGAUGUAUGAAAUCAAUGUAUGUCUGAAAGCACAUGAUAAAGUGAUGAUAAUAUAUAUUAAUAUAUAUUUAUUUCAAGUGUUUAAAAGAGUUGUUUUCUGUAUAUAAGAUGCAUUUUUUUCAGGAUUUUCUUUAAGUUGGUUAUUGUUUUGAGUUGAAGUGUAAACCAAAGUUUGCAUGAGGACACUGUUUCUUGCUCCUUAACGUGCACAUUCCAUCCGCUCUGUAUGGACAGAAGACAGCUACUAGAAAACUGGCCACAAAUUCUGAUACAUGCUCAAAAGUCUUUAUUACACAGAACGGACAUCUUGUUUUUCAGUGACUUUGUUUCCAUUACCAUACUCACCGAAAAUUUGCUUCCGUUACAUAAAAUCAAGAUUAAUGCUCGUGUACUCAUGAGACCGUCUGGUGAUGUUGCAUUAGUACACGCAGUCUCAUCCUCCAACUGUCCACAUCCAUCUUUCUUUAGUUAUUUUCACCUACAACAAAACAGAUACGGCAAGAGUUUAAUUGAAGACUUAUGUAUACAAAUAAAAUCUCAUUGAGGUCAGGAUUUUUAUUUCAAGGGAGACUUGUUUGAAUUGAAAUGCACGUAGAAUUUUUUUUUUUUUUUUUUUGAAAUCAGGAAAAUAAGUGGAAAUGGAGAACACUGGAAGUCUCGUGUGAAUGCUAACACUAAACAUACAAAUGUGUCCAUUCUUAAUCGACUGGCAUUUUGGCUUGAGUGCAAAAUGACUAUAGAUGAUUAAAUUAAUUAGCGGCACGUAUCAGAUGGAAGGAUUAGCAGUGACUUUUAUCCCACUUUGUUUGAGCUACACAUAGUAGCCUUACAGGCAGUACUGUGGUGGUACAUACAUAUAACAUGGCUUCCAGUUAUCAAUGCAGAUAGUGGUUGUGUGAAAUGUGUGAUUGUUGGUUUUUCUUUUUUUUUUUCUGAAAAAAAAAAAAUCACGUUGAAAUCAUCUGACAGUUAUUUCUUAGUUGUGUAUGUUGGAGCACACAAAAGAGAUGAUUCUCGCUUGGUCUUCUGGUAAUCACAUUGUGACUACACUAAUUGUCAGUGAUAUAUAUCAUGGAAAAUGCAACAGUUGUGUAGCUGGAGUUAACUUUGUCCUUUGUCAUCUGCAUGUGAUGAUUUAAGAUUUCAAAUAAUUUUAUAUUUUGAUGUGUACUAUAGUUAGGGAUCUAUUUUGUUUUACCAAAAAAAAAAGAGAAAAAAAAAAAGUUAAAAAAAAGUCUGUGAAAAUUGUUUUGUAAAACACAGAAGAUAUUUGUCGAUUUUUACAGUUGUACACAUGCAGUACAGAAUAAUAUAUAGAUAAUGUAGACUGUUUUGUAUAACUAAUUGCAUGUAAUAUACUGUACAUAUAAAUGUGUUGCCUGUCCUAAUACCUUGUAUUUCAGGGUUUGUUUUGUACCAGCAUUGUAAGUAUUGUUAGAAAUGUUGCAGUUUAUUUUUGUAUUUAUUUGAGAUAACUGUUUGGAUGUGCAGUGCCAUGUGGUUUCCUUUGCUCCAGAGGCACCCCGACUCUUUUAAUCACCCUUUCUAAAUUAUCCCAUUAAAAACUUGGAUCAACAAAAUGGGUCAGGAAAACAGAUCAUUUAUGCAUACAUAUAAACUCUCAAAACCAAAAUGCUUAGACACCGUUGUCACUUGAAUGUUAACAUUCUCAUUUGACAUUAACAGGUUAAGUAAUUUGCAGCAAAUUAUCGAAGGCAUGUCAUAUAAUUUAAUAUAUAACGUUAUGUCUUACUGAGCUUUAUAAAUACAAACAGAUGAUCAAUAAAAUGACAUUUAUUUAUUUGUCCACUCAUGCAUAGGAGACAGUGCUAGUGCUUCGUGAGGUUGUUUAAUGAUUUACAGUUUUAUUUGUGGCCGUUGCAGUUUGAUUGCAGGUAAUAAUUAAUGUCUUGAUGAAGCAUUUGGUGACAUUUUUAAGUCAUUAAAUACUCUAACUCUAUCCUUUUAUCCUAACUUUCCAAAUAUAUUACCAUCUACAGAACAGUGAUUCAGAUCACAAAAUCCAAACUCCCAUGUUCUCACAGGCAGCUUGGCAGAUGUGUGAUCAAAAAUAAAUUAGGAUUAUAUAAUUAAUCGGAAGAUGUUGGUAUUUUGUGGGGGUUUUGUUUUUGUUUUUGUUUUUUGUUUUUUUAAUGAAAGGGGUCCCUACAUUCACUUUUUCAACUAUAUUCUUCAUCUGUUGGUGAAUAACAGUUAACGUUCUUGCUUGGCUUUAAGGUCCCAAGAAAAGGUGAGAAGGACCUGUGUAAUGUGGCUACUGUACAGCAUCAGUGAAUGCAAACGACUCAGGUCCACUGAGCAUUAAUCACACUGAUCUUACAAGACAGGGGUCUCUAUGUAUUUAUUCCUUUUAUUUAUUUUAAUUUGUAAAAUAUCACUUUCUUUUCGGUGUUUCACUUGAGACAGAAUGCAUUUCAUUGUUUCAAAAAAAUGUUUCCAACUAUUGGUUUCUCUCUCAGGAACCAGAUCCAAAUUCCCACCUCAGCAUGUGUUUGAAGUUUACUUGAUCAUAAAAUUUGACGUAAAUCAAUUGUAACUAAAAAAACAAACAGACGUACUCGUGUUUGCUUCAUUAUUUAUUAGAAAUGACAGCACCCUUGACAGGUCUCUGUGUUUUUGUCUUUUAUAACCACAAUAUCUUGUGUCUCAUGUAUGUAUAUUUCAUUGUUCAUGUUUUUCUUUUCCUCCUACAUUGUCUCAAAGCACAUCUUGGGGUGCCUUACAAUCUAAAUAUUUGUCAAAGAUUGAUCCAUACUUUGUGACGGGUAGAGUGAGCUGCUUCAAAU